CCAACGCACUCUCCCCAGGGCUCCGACGGAGGAUUGUAACUCCUGAACGCCCUUCUCCGUUUUACUCAUCAGUGGCUCCUUUUCUUACCAAAUAGGAAGUUUGGUGUGAAUUAGGAGUUGCUUUGAUUAAAAAGGAUGGGGGCAGAUGGACAGAGUAGGCGAAUCGCCAUCAUUGGCGUUUCGACAUUCUUGUUGGUGGCUAUGGUCGUGGCCGUGACGGUAAGCGUAAACAUUAGCAACAAGGAAACGAGUGGAAAUGAAAAGGAAGAAAGCAAAACCCGCGUAGCUUCCACGAUGAAAGCCGUGAAAACCCUUUGCGCACCCACGGAUUACAAGGAGGACUGCGAGGAGAGUCUCACUGCACACGCCGGCAACACCACCGACCCAAGAGAGCUCAUCAAGAUCGCAUUCAACGUGACCAUCGGCAGAAUCAGCGACGGGCUCCAGAAAACGCAGUUCAUGCACGAGGCUGAGAACGACCCCAGAACCAAGGAAGCACUCGACGCAUGCAAGCAACUCAUGAACCUUUCCAUGGGGGAGCUCAGGAGGUCGCUUGAGAAAUUCAACAAGUUCGACCUCAACAACCUCGACGCCAUCCUCACGAGUCUCAAGGUCUGGCUCAGCGGCGCGAUCACGUACCAGGAAACAUGCCUCGAUGCGUUCGAGAAUACCACAACUGACGCUUCCCACAAGAUGCAAGAUCUCUUGCAAGCUGCCAUGCACAUGAGUAGCAAUGGCCUCGCUAUCAUUACCGAGCUGUCAAAAACUCUCUCAGAAAUGCAUGUCACCAAACCCGGGCGCCGCCUCUUGAAGGACGUUGAUGAUUUGUCUGUUCUUGGUCACGAAGAUGAUGAGUUGUUUGAGCUUCCCGAGUGGGUUGAAGAUCGCGCUGGGGUUCGCAGACUCCUUCAUAUGACUGGACGGAAACACAUGGCUAAUGUGGUCGUUGCCAAGGAUGGCAGUGGAAAUUUCACCACCAUCAAUGAGGCUUUGCAGCACGUGCCUACGAAGAACGUAAGGCCAUUCGUUAUCUACAUCAAGGAGGGUGUUUACAAUGAGUACGUCGAAGUUUACAAAAACAUGACCCAUGUCGUUUUCAUUGGUGAUGGUGGUAAAAAAUCAAGAAUCACUGGAAACAAAAACUUCAUCGAUGGGGUGGGGACCUACAGAACAGCUAGUGCUGCCAUUUCUGGAGAUUUCUUCGUUGCCAUAGGUAUGGGAUUUGAGAACUCGGCUGGUGCUGAAAAGCAUCAAGCAGUGGCCUUGAGGGUUCAAUCUGACAGGUCGAUCUUCUACAAAUGUAGAAUGGAUGGGUACCAAGACACACUUUACGCCCACACCAUGCGUCAGUUCUACCGUGACUGCAUCAUUUCAGGAACCAUCGACUUUGUCUUUGGUGAUGCAGUGGCUGUUCUCCAAAACUGCACUUUUGUGGUUCGGAAGCCAUUGGAAAACCAACAAUGUAUCGUGACCGCACAAGGCAGGAAAGAGAAACACCAACCAUCGGGUUUGGUCAUCCAAGGAGGGGCCAUUGUGUCAGACCCCAAGUACUACCCAGUUAGGUUCGACAACAAAGCCUACUUGGCUCGUCCAUGGAAAAAUUACUCAAGGACCAUCUUCAUGGACACCUACAUCGGUGACUUGAUCACACCCGAUGGCUACAUGCCAUGGCAAACAUUGGAGGGUUUAUCUGGAAUGGACACUUGCUUUUACGCCGAGUACAACAACCGUGGCCCUGGUGCAGACAGAUCCAAGCGCGUCAAAUGGCAGGGAGUAAAGACCCUCACAUCAGAAGGAAUAACAAAUUUCUUGCCAUCCAUGUUCUUCCACGGAGAUGACUGGAUCAGGGUAACCAGGGUUCCUUACUAUUCUGGAGUGUCCUCCAUUAGGACCCCCACUCAUUGAAGUUGAUUCAUUUUCGGGAGAGAGUGUGUGUGUUGCAACAAAAACUACUUACUACUAUUGUAAUGCUUAAGUUGUACCACCAUUGCGUUUUGUUUUCCAUUCAUUCAUUGGUCUAAAAUGCAAGUGUGUGUAACUGUCAUUUUCCCACAGUUCCCUCAAAUGCUUGUGUAGGAUGCUUAGUUUCGCUAUUACGUAACUCUGAAUCCUUCUUUCGCCCAUUUUCUUCUUAAAUGUCAUUCAUUACGAUCGGCCGCAGUUGGUUGUUA